ACAACAAACCGAACUACGGAGCAAGCGGGGUGAGAGAACGUCCGAAACCGCCUCUGACCGCGACUUUUAAACUCUUUUUACAGAAUUGUAACGGGAUUUAGACGGUGGUUACAUAAGAAUAGUAAAAGUUAAGAUUGUGUCGGGACUACAUUUUACAGUAAGGUCACAUGCAACCUCCCCUGUCUUGUAUUUACUGAGAAUCUCAAGUCAGUUGUAAGUUGAAGUUUGUCCAGAAGAUGUUACAGAAAUGAUAGCAGCACCAGAAAUACCUUCAGAAUUUUCCUACCCUCAGGAUACAGACACCAGAUUCUCCUCAGAUACAGACUUCUCUGAGGACCCUGAUGGAAGGAGUGCGAAUUCAGCUAAAGGAAAGGGGGGAAAGAAGGGGAAGAAAGCAGCAGGUGAGAAGGGCAAAGGAGGGAAGGGUGCAGGCCGGAUAAAUGGCCACCACCAAGAGAAUGGCAUGGAAAACAUGAUGCUGUUUGAGGUUGUGAAGCUGGGCAGGAGUGCAAUGCAGUCUGUUGUUGAUGAUUGGAUUGAGUCCUACAAACACGAUAGGGAUGCUGCGCUACUAGAUCUCAUCAAUUUCUUCAUUCAGUGCUCAGGAUGCAAAGGUGUGGUCAGUGGAGAAAUGUUUCGCAACAUGCAGAACUCUGAGAUCAUUAGGCGAAUGACAGAGGAAUUUGAUGAGGACAGUGGAGACUACCCUCUAACCAUAGCUGGACCCCAGUGGAAGAAGUUUAAAUCAAGCUUUUGUGAAUUCAUUUCAGUGCUAGUGCGCCAGUGUCAAUACAGUAUCAUCUAUGAUGAGUACAUGAUGGACACAGUCAUCUCCCUACUUACUGGACUAUCAGAUUCCCAAGUCCGAGCCUUUAGACACACCUCAACACUGGCAGCCAUGAAGUUGAUGACAGCCCUGGUGAAUGUAGCUCUAAACUUGAGCAUUAACAUGGAUAACACCCAGCGCCAGUAUGAAGCUGAGAGGAAUAAGAUGGUUGCUAAGAGGGCAAAUGACAGGCUGGAGCUGCUCCUGCAAAAACGCAAAGAGCUCCAAGAAAAUCAGGAUGAGAUUGAAAACAUGAUGAAUGCCAUAUUCAAAGGAGUGUUUGUUCACCGAUAUCGAGAUUCGAUAGCAGAAAUCAGGGCAAUCUGCAUAGAGGAGAUUGGAGUGUGGAUGAAGCUCUACAGUGAUGCCUUCCUCAAUGACAGCUAUCUGAAAUAUGUGGGAUGGACAAUGCAUGACAAGCAAGGCGAGGUACGUCUGAAGUGUCUGACAGCUCUGCAGGGCCUGUACUACAACAGAGAGCUCAAUGCAAGACUGGAACUCUUCACCAGCCGCUUUAAGGACCGUAUUGUUUCCAUGACUCUUGACAAAGAGUAUGAUGUUGCAGUACAAGCUAUCAAACUGCUCACUUUAGUCUUGAAUAGCACGGAUGAAGUUUUAACCCCCGAGGACUGCGAGAGUGUCUAUCACCUGGUCUACUCGGCGCACAGACCGGUCGCAGUUGCAGCUGGCGAGUUUCUCUAUAAAAAAUUAUUUAGCCAACGAGAACCAGAGGAGGAAGGUGCCCCAAAAAGAAGAGGCAGACAAAGCCCCAAUGCCAACCUUAUUAAGACCACUGUCUUUUUCUUCCUUGAGAGCGAGCUCCAUGAGCAUGCAGCUUACCUUGUGGACUCCCUCUGGGAAUGUGGAGCAGAGCUACUAAAAGACUGGGAGUGUAUGAUCAGCUUACUGCUAGAUGACCCGUUGCCAGGAGAAGAACCUCUUACAGACAGGCAAGAGACGGCUUUGAUUGAAAUCAUGCUGUGCACUGUACGCCAGGCGGCUGAAUGCCACCCACCUGUUGGAAGAGGAACAGGAAAGAGGGUCAUGACGGCAAAGGAGAAGAAAACUCAGCUAGAUGACAGAACUAGAAUGACAGAGCUGUUUGCUGUGGCUCUGCCCCCUCUGCUGGCCAAGUAUGCUGUUGAUGCAGAGAAAGUGACCAACUUGUUACAGCUGCCUCAGUUCUUUGACUUGGAAAUUUAUACCACAGGACGUCUGGAGAAGCACCUGGAUGCCCUGCUGCGUCAGAUCAGAGAAAUUGUGGAAAAGCACACAGACACUGAAGUUUUAGAGUCCUGUUCUAAGACUUACCAUGCCCUCUGCAAUGAGGAGUUCACAAUCUUUAACAGGGUAGAUAUAGCCCGCUCUCAGCUCCUAGAUGAGCUUGUGGACAAAUUCACAAGGUUACUGGAGGAUUUUCUACAAGAGGGUGAAGAUGCUGAUGAGGAUGAUGCUUAUCAGGUUUUGUCGACUUUAAAGAGGAUCACAGCAUUUCAUAAUGCACAUGAUCUGUCAGGAUGGGACCUCUUUACCAGCAACUUUAAGCUGCUCAACACGGGCAUUGAGAACGGAGAUAUGCCGGAGCAGAUAGUCAUCCAUUCACUGCAGUGCACUCACUAUGUGAUCCUGUGGCAGCUGGCCAAGUUAUCUGAGGGCAGUUCCAGAAAGGAUGAUCUGGUGACCCUGAGGAAGCAGAUGAGGGCAUUCUGUAUGAUGUGUCAGCGCUACCUCACCAAUGUCAACACAGCCGUCAAAGAGCAGGCAUUCACCAUCCUGUGUGAUCUACUGCUCAUAUUCAGCCACCAGAUGGUGUCCGGAGGCAGGGAACACCUGGAGCCUUUGGUUUACUCCCCAGAGGACUCUUUACAGUCAGAACUGCUCUCAUUCAUCCUAAACCAUGUCUUCAUAGACCAGGAUGAUGAAACAAAUAGCACAGAUGGUCAACAGGAUGAUGAGGCAGUAAAGAUUGAAGCUCUGCACAAGAGGAGAAACCUCCUUGCUGCGUACUGCAAACUCAUCAUCUACUGUGUGGUAGAAAUGAGAACUGGAGCUGACAUCUUCAAACAGUACAUGAGGUAUUACAAUGAUUACGGUGACAUCAUCAAGGAGACCAUGAGCAAGACUCGGCAAAUUGACAAAAUUCAAUGUGCCAAGACACUCAUUCUCAGCCUGCAGCAGCUGUUUAAUGAAAUGCUGUCUGAACUGGGUCACGGGUUUGAUCGCUCCUCGUCUUCAUUCUGUGGAAUCAAAGAGUUGGCCCGUCGUUUUUCCCUAACCUUCGGUCUCGACCAAGUAAAAACCAGAGAUGCGAUUGCCAUGCUGCACAAGGAUGGUAUCGAAUUUGCAUUUAAGGAUCCUAGUCCUCAAGGAGAAGGAGGCCCUCCCCUCAACCUUGCUUUCUUGGACAUUCUCAGCGAGUUCUCCUCUAAACUUAUGAGACAAGACAAGAGGACUGUCCACAUGUACCUGGAGCGUUUCAUGACAUUCCAGAUGGCACUGCAGCGAGAGGACUGCUGGCUUCCACUGAUCUCCUACAGGAAUUCCCUGCAGGCUGGUGGUGACGAUGACACUAUGUCUGUGAUGAGUGGCUUCUCCAGCAGGGGUUCUUCCAUUCGCUCCAAGAAGACAAAGCCUCCUGCAGCUACAGCUGGAACUUCAGCAGCAAAGAGGAAACUGCCAGAAGAGGAGAGCAGCAGCGGUGAGGUGUGGCAGCAAAGCAUGCAGACCCCAGUCAUGUUGCCUUCCCCCCAUCUCACUUCCACUGCCAUGCGAGACCCUAAAAGGACUCGCGAUGACAGCUACAUGGGGGUCUACCCCCUCGCUCAUGAGCAGCAGCAGCCCCACCAACACCCACAGCACCAUCAACAGACGCCUCAGCAUCACCAGACACCCAUGGAUUACAAUUCCCAGGUGACGUGGAUGCUGGCGCAGAGGCAGCAAGAAGAGGUACGCCAGCAACAAGAAAGAGCCAUGAACUAUGCCAAGCUCAGGACCAAUCUGCAGCAUGCUAUCAGUCGUCGCGGCACUGGGCUUAUGGAGGACGAUGAAGAGCCAAUCGUGGAGGAUGUGAUGAUGUCAUCUGAGGGUCGCAUGGAUGACCUCAAUGAAGGCAUGGACUUUGACACCAUGGAUAUUGAUCUGCCACCCUCUAAGAACCGCCGCGAGAGAUCUGAGCUCAAGCCAGACUACUUUGACCCUGCUUCUAUCAUGGAUGAAUCUGUCCUUGGGGUGUCCAUGUUUUAAGCUAAUAUCCAGAUGAUUUUGACGCUGGGAUAAAAGAAGAGGCGCUUUGUAUUUAAAGAGAAUUUUAGAAGCGAAAACAGAAGUGUUUCUGUAAGAAAAAGCAAAAAAAAAAAACAACAAAAAAAAAAAACCUUAUUUUGACUUGUACUCCACGUGGACCAAUGACAACCCACUCAGUGUUGCUUGCUCAGAGAGGACUUUGUUUCAAAAAUGUACUUUUAUAAUCUUGGGUAAGCUCUUCCUGUUCAGACAAAGUGCAACAGGCCACUUCCAAAACCUAUUAGAAACGAGACGUCUGAAGAAAAAUCAAUAGCUUUUUCUUUUUCUUCCCUUUUUUUUUUCCUUUUUUUUUAUGGGGACGACUUGGUGUGUUUAACUUAAGAAACCUUUUUUAUGUCUAACCCUUUUUACAAUUGUAGUAAGUUACCAGGUGUGAAGUAGUAAUUUAUAAACGAACUGUAGUAGCUUGCUUGUACUGUGUUAGCCAAGUGGAUGGAGGUCUUUCUUUUUUUUUUUUUUUUGUUUUGUUAUUUUUUUUCUCCCCCUCAUAUUGUUCUUUUUUGUCUCCCUCUUAUAUCUUCAGUUUCUUCUCCCUGUUAUUCUGUUGUUGGGCCUAGGUUCAGGUCCUGAUAACCACUGGUGGUUAAGAUUUUGAGAUGUCAUGUAGAAUCUGUCUAGAACCCUUUAUGCUGUGAAGUUUCUACAAGUCUGCUUUUUGUUCCACUCUUAUUAAUCAGUAAGUCUCUGAGCUACACCCCCUUCCCCCCGGAGCACUCCUUAACCAUCUACUAGAAGAUUAUGUCUCCCUAAGAAAUGAGCAGUUUUUUUUCAGCAGUGCUCUGGAAGAUCGGUCAAAGAAACGCCACCAUUUAGUUCCUCUUAAAUUCCUGCAGCGUAAUGUUAAAAUGGGUAUCUACAUUUUAAAUAAAAGUUAUAUAUAAAUUGGUGCUGAUUUUAUAUAUGUGCUUUUGGUUUUCUUAUUUUCAAUCUUCAGUCACAAAGUUUGAGAAAUGUGUAAGUAAAACCUAAAAAAAUUAAAGCAUGGGCAGUCAUGCAUCAAGGAAGAUUUUUAAAUUUAUAUUUUUAUGGUUUUUUGUUUUUUUUCUUUUUGUUUUUUUUUUUGGGUUUGUUUUUUUCUUUAUUUUUGUCUUUUUGUCUUGAUAAUGUCUUUGAAUUUCUACCUUUUUUCCUACAUGUAAAUUAGUUUGGAUAAAACUAAUGAAAAGACUUGUGAAAUUCAGCUUUAAGGUUUUUUCUCAACGUGUAAAGUCCUGUCACACACACACACAAAAAACUUAUAGAUUUCAAAUGUUAAAACUUUAAGGUAGUCAUUCAGACAGUACUGAAGAUGAAAGUUAUUCAGCAGCGCUGUGGCAGCUAGACAAAGCUUAGAUUUUGACAUAUUUGUCACACACAAGUUUUAAUGAAAUGUUUUGUCUACUGAGGUCUUUCUUUUGUAGUCAUUCCAUGCUUAAGCCUUAAACAUGCUUGUGGAGGUCACCUUUUCUCACAGUAAUCUUCCAUGUCAGAGGUGGAUAAUUGGCUUCUUAGAACAUGAAAUAUGAGGUGGUCAGAUGUAAUGUGAUAAAGUAGAUAAAACAAGCCUAUAUGUGUUUUGCCUAAUUAUUUUAUGUAAGUAAAAAAAAGGAAAAAAAAAAAGAAAAUUCUUUUAAGGAAAAGUACUGUUUAUUGUUUGUUACUUACCACUACAUCGGUAUAAAUUCCUAUUAGAUCAUGUGUAUAUAUACAAAAUUUAAUUUCUUCCUUUUGGCCAUUUCUGUGUUUUAUUCUUUUUUUCUGCACUCUUGGCUACUCUGAGUUAUUGUCUGUUAUCCCAUCCUCUUUCAGUCACUGUUUUCUGAUUUGUACUUGUCUGGAGACAGUAACUUUUGAAUAAAAAUCAACACAUUUCAA